AUGGGAUUCCCCGCCCGCUCUGUCAUUUCUCUUAGACUUCAGUUCAAAGGUCAAUCAACCGUCGACGGCGCCAUGAUCCAGGAAUCCGUAGCUUACACGAUCCCGCCGCACGGUCAGAAGCCCGUCCGCCCCUUCGAGUCCCAUCUCGGCGGAACUCCACCCAAGGCGACUUCACCUCGCGCUAAGGAAGCAAGAGAGAGGAGCAAAUCGAGGCACCGCUGCACCAGCCGCGCCGGGCGGCGGUCCCUGACCAUGCGUACCAUGGUAAUGGCAUGGCAGCGCCAACACUCCGUCUUGGCCGUCUUUGACUUCCAGAAUCCAGCUGCGGUACCCGCACAUGCUAAUUGGAACCCCAUGGAGACGGAGGAGCCACACAUUGGUGAUUUGGUCCAGGGUCCAGCGCCUUUGACUGGCGGGCUCACUUCCAAGGGACAGCUUGGAGUUUCUUCGUAUAAUGCGCUUCGGGCUGCCAUCGGAUCGGAGAUGGGUGGCUAA